UUUGGUACGCGCCUCGUUCGUACGUGCUGUGUAUAGCUAGCUGCUAACCUCUCCGCUUUGUGCAAGUUGCAUGUAUCUGUAAUUUAUCCUCAGUCUUUUAAUUAUAUCCUCUGCUUUUUUUAACCCAAGUGUGCGAAAAUGCUUCGUAAAGCCGGUCAGUCUUUCGCAUUGUACAGCACUGUAAGGAUUCGUUCCAGUUUAUGUCGAGGUAAUCGUCAGGCCUUGGCUGUGUUUGACGUACAGAAUGUUCGUUUUUACGCAGACCAGUCUGCCCAGGUGGUGUUGGAGAAGCCAGCAGCUGUAGGAAGUGAUGCAGCUUCCAAAGCGGAAAAGAAGGCAGUCGUGACUGAAUCCACAUCAUUUGCUGUCAACAUUUUUAAGGGGCAUCUUAAUACAGCUCAGGUGUUUCCCUUCCCCUCAGUUCUCAACGGGGAGCAGGAGCAGUUUCUUCGAGAGCUUGUGGGGCCUGUGAGCAAAUUCUUCGAGGAGGUAAACGAUCCCAUGAAGAACGAUGAAUUGGAGAAGAUCGAGGAUCAAACCAUGCAGGGCCUGAAGGAGAUGGGAGCUUUCGGUCUUCAAGUGCCAGCUGAGCUGGGGGGCCUCGGCCUCACAAAUACACAGUACGCCAGGCUGGUUGAAAUUGUCGGCAGCCACGACCUCGGCAUUGGCAUCAGUCUUGGUGCUCACCAGUCCAUCGGCUUCAAGGGCAUUCUUCUUUUUGGGAAUCUGGCUCAGAAGGAGAAGUACCUGCCCAAGCUCGCCUCUGGCGAGCACAUUGCUGCCUUCUGUCUGACGGAACCAUCCAGCGGUUCAGAUGCCGCCUCUAUUCGAACCACCGCUGUCCGGUCACCCUGCGGAAAGUACUUCACCAUGAAUGGAAGCAAGCUCUGGAUCAGUAAUGGAGGCCUAGCUGAGAUCUUCACUGUGUUUGCCAAGACACCGAUGAUGGAUCCAAACACGGGAGAGUCGACAGACAAAAUAACAGCCUUUGUUGUGGAGAGGAGCUUUGGGGGAGUGACGAGUGGUCCUCCAGAGAAGAAGAUGGGCAUCAAGGCGUCCAACACGGCGGAGGUCAGUUUCGAUAACGUCCGCGUGCCGGCUGAGUGCGUGUUGGGCGAGGUGGGCAGCGGCUUUAAGGUGGCAAUGAACAUCCUGAAUAACGGACGCUUCGGUAUGGCUGCCGCCCUAUCCGGCACGAUGAAGGGAGUCAUCGCUAAAGCCGUCGACCAUGCAGCCAACAGAACUCAAUUUGGGAACAAAAUCCACAGCUACGGAGUAAUCCAGGAGAAGAUGGCACGUAUGACCAUGUUGCAGUACGUGACUGAGUCGAUGGCCUACAUGAUCAGCGGCAACAUGGACAGUGGAGCAACUGAUUUCCAGAUAGAAGCUGCCAUCAGCAAGAUCUUUGCCUCUGAAGCAGCAUGGACGGUGACUGAUGAGUGCAUUCAGGUUCUGGGCGGCAUGGGCUUCAUGAAGGAUGCCGGAGUAGAGAGAGUGAUGAGAGAUCUGAGGAUUUUCCGCAUUUUCGAGGGCACCAACGACAUCCUCAGACUUUUUGUGGCGCUCAACGGCUUCCAGAAUGCAGGAACCCAGUUGAAGAGUUUGCAAAAGGCCAUGAAGAAUCCACUCGGCAACGUCGGGCUGCUCACCGAAGAACUCUCCAAGAGAGCCAAAAGGAAGGUGGGUUUCGGAUUGGGUGUGACUCUGCAGGGAACUGUACACCCAGAACUUGUGCAGAGUGGUGAACUGACAGUUAAAGCCAUCGAGCAGUUCGGAGCCAUAGUUGAGGACCUGCUGAUCAAACACGGCAAGAAGAUCAUCGAUGAACAGUUUGUCCUGAAGAGAGUUGCAGACUGUGCCAUUGACCUUUACGCCAUGGUGGUUGUCCUGUCAAGGGCUUCGCGCUCUCUGAGUCAGGGUCAUGCCUCAGCUCAGCAUGAGAAGAUGUUGUGUGAGACCUGGUGCACGGAGGCCUAUGAGCGAGUCAUGCGUGAUAUCAGCAGCCUGCACUCCAGUGAAUCCAAGAAGCUCUUCAAGAACCUGCAGGCCAUCUCUGCAGCUGUGGUGGAGAACAGAGGUGUGGUCUCUCCUCACCCUCUCGGUUUCUAAAUCAGGACUUCCUGAGUCCUGAUCCUUGACCUGACGUUUCUAGUAAGACCUUAGAUCUUGACAGUUUGUGCCAGCACACAUCAGGAUUUUAAAAUCUGCCUUUGUAUAAAUUAAGUUUUGGCCAGUCCCCCUGUUGAGUAACGUGGAAGUCCAGGUAGUCCCUAGAAUUUUAAAUAUCAACGGGCCUUCUUUUCAUCCUGGGAGCAUUUAAUUUGAUUAAUAAAAGUGUCUCUGUGGCUUCAUAGAUAAUUGGCAAAGCUUCUGGGGAAAACCUGGUCUUGUUAGGAGAGACGGCAUCCAUCCCACUUUGGAUGGAGCAGCUCUCAUUUCUAGAAAUCUGGCCAAUUUUCUUAAAUCC